GGAUGAUGCCACAGAGCACAAGGGCGGAGGUUGCGCAUCUCUUCCACUUGGAGGCGCUAGACAAUUUUGAAGGUGGGUUCACUAUCUUCACAGCGGUGUCUGAAAGCCAGUUCAGCUACUGAACCCCACAACUGUUCAACAACCUAUUGGUGCCUGACCGGUUUCAGAAGACAGAAUCUGGACGACUAGGACAUUUUCUUUUGGUACUCAUAUGACAGAGGUACCAGGAUUGUGUCUGGUUUAAGCAGGUGAGCUCUUCAAACCCAGGCCAUGGGAAAGUAUGAAGCCUGAACCCAGAACAAUAGCCACAAGACAGUGGACCAGGAGUGCUGUGGCCUACCACACUAUGUCUACAGCCAAGAAGAAGAGGGUGUCUGUGAGGAGGAUGAGCACACCAUCCUUCCAGAAGCGGAAGAGGAGGAGGCCUUCUCCCCAGGCACUGGGGAACAUUGUGGGCUGCAGAAUUUCACACAGAUGGAAGGAAGGUGAUGAGCCCGUCACCCAAUGGAAGGCCAUAGUUCUAGAUCAACUGCCAACAAAUCCCUCUCUCUAUCUGGUCAAGUAUGAUGGAGUUGAUUGUGUCUAUGGACUGGCACUUCACAGCGAUGAGAGGAUUUUAAAGCUUAAGGUCUUGACUCACAAAGUUGUGUUUCCUCAAGUGAAAGACGCCCAUCUCGCAAGUGCCAUGGUUGGCCGUGCUGUGGAGCAUAAAUUUGAGGGCAAACAUGGCUCUAAGGACAACUGGAGGGGGGUGGUCCUAGCCCAGGUACCAAUCAUGAAGGACUGGUUUUACAUCACCUAUGAGAAAGAUCCAGUCCUAUAUAUCUAUCAGCUCCUGGAUGAUUACACAGAAGGUAAUCUCCAUAUCACUCCAGAGAUUUCGCCAGCAGAGGUGAAGUCAGACGUUGACAGUGACAUCUUAACAGGUCAAUGUGUGCAGUUCUCCAGAAGUGACGGGUCCAAAAAGAUCGGCAAAGUCAUUUACCAAGUUCUAGCCAAGCCUUCCGUGUACUUCAUCAAGUUUGAUGGUGACAUCCACAUCUAUGUCUACAAUCUGAUGGAAAAGAUCCGUUAAGGUGAAAUUCACAAAGUGAGGGGACAUAUAUGGGGAAUUUAUAGGAUUGGGGUGAAAAUGUUUGUUUUUCUGUGUUUCAGAUACCCAAUGGCCUUUGACAACCCCAGUAUCUUUUCCAGUGGAUUUUGUUUUUGCACUAAAAAUUAAAAUGUGUGAUGUGA